CCCCAAAAAAAAGAAGGAAGGAGAAAGGAACAAGAAAAGGAAAAAAAGCCAAAGCGGAGAUGACAUCACCUCCUUCCAAACCCAAAAUGACGCAGGUUCUAUUUUUAAGGGUCCAAUCAGGUGGCCCAGGGGUCACGUGGUCCUCUGAGCAGAAAGGGGAGGGGGGCAGAAGAAGAGGAGGAGGAGGAAGAGGCAGCAGCAGCAGCAGCAAAAGCAAUAGCAAAGCAAAGCAACCAAAGGGCGCCUGCACUCUGCUGCUGCAUCUGCAUUUGCAACCAUUGCAAAGAGCACCUGCAAGAAGGACAAGGAAGGAGAAGAGCAGCAGAAGAGGGGGGAAAUCAGGAGAUAAUACAUAUAUAUAUAUAUAUAUAGAUCUGGAUAUACAAAACAAGGUCUGGUGCUGGUGGGUUGGAAGGAGAAGAAAAUAAGGUCUAUCUAUCUAUCUAUAUUGAAACAAGGUCUGGUGUUGCAGGGUUAUAGAAGGACAAGGAGAAGAAAAUAAGGAAUAUAUAUAUAUAAGCAGGGUCUUUUCCUGGUGGGUUGGAAAGACAGGGAAUAUAUAUAUAUAUAUAUAUGCGCAAGAUCUGGUGCUGCUGGGUUAUAGAAGGACAAGGGAGAGAGAAAAAUCAGGAAUAUAUAUAUAUAUAUAUUAAAGGAAGGUCUGGUGCUGCCAUGUUAUAGAAAGACAAGAGGGAGAAGAAAACCAGGAAGAUAUAUAUAGGUCUGGUGCUUUUGGGUUACAGAAAGACAAGGGAGGAAGGAGAAGGAAAUCAGGAAUAUAUAUAUAUAUAUAUAUAUAUUGAAGCAGGGUCUGGUGCUGCUGGAUUAGGAGGGCAAGGGAGGAAGGAGAAGAAGAGAAUCGAGAAUAUAUAUAUAUAUAUAUAUAUACAUGUAUAUCUAGGAACAAAGUCUGCUGCUGCUUGCUUGCUUGCUUGCUUUCUGCGCCUGGACCUGGCCCCAUGGGAAAGGGCCGGGCAGCUGGAGAAGGCGAAGAAGCCGCCGCCUCAGAGCCUCGCCAACAUGGCCCCAUCGCUUCAGCAUCCAAGGCCUCCUUUGCCCGGAUCCGGCCCGGCUUGAAGUAGACCAAGGAUUUGGGGUGCCCCCCUCUUGGCUACGCUUCUCUCCCUCCAUUGUCUUCCAUUGCAAAGAGGGGCUCUCCUUGGAGAGACUGAGAUAGAAAGAGAGGAUCUGUUUCCCGUCUCCGUUGAACCCACCUGUGGCAACGUUUGGGGUGACCCUCAGCGCCCUUUGCUGGUUUUAUUUGGGGUAAAGACCAACAAGCUCACCGUUAUCAUUGCCUUGGAUCAAGAGACACUUUUGGAGCUGACCAACUUUGGGUGGGCCAGAAGUGGCCCAAGGCUGGGCUAUAACUGGGCAAGUUUUGGGUGGCUUCCUUGGCACGACAGGUGCCACCGGACGCAGUAGCCAAACCUUCCUGGAUGUAAGCCACAUCGAAGCAUCCUCAGCUUCCGGAGGCCGUGCAUCCCACGUGGGACUUUGGUGUGGCCCGCCAUUCGAUGGUCCCACAUCCUUUGCCAUGGGGCGGCAUUUGAAGCUGAAACCAUCGCCAAGUGCUGCCUGGAAAGGUUAAGGUGGACUUCCUCUCUUCUGCUUCCUCUGCCACCUUCGUCUUCUUCCUCAGAGGCGUUUUUUGCGCCAACGCCACCGACCAUGGAGACGAAAAUCCCACCGGCCGUGACGCCCACCAGCCCUUCCUCGCCGGGUCUGUCGCCGGUGCCGCCGCCAGACAAAGUGGACGGGUUUUCACGCCGUUCGCUCCGCCGUUCGCGCCAGAGGCGGUCGCACAGUUCUUCCCAGUUCCGGUACCAGAGCAACCAGCAAGAGCUGACGCCGCUGCCUUUGCUCAAAGAUGCUCCGGUUUCUGAGCUCCAUGACCUCCUGUGCAAGAAACUCCAGCAAUGCUCCAUCCUCUUCGACUUCCUCGACUGCGUGGCCGACCUGAAGGGCAAGGAGAUCAAGCGGGCCGCCCUCAAUGAGCUGGUGGAGUGCGUGGCCACCAACCGGGGCAUCCUCAUCGAGCCGCUCUAUCCCGAGAUCAUCAAGAUGAUCUCCGUCAAUAUUUUCCGGACGCUCCCUCCCAGCGAAAACCCGGAGUUUGACCCCGAAGAGGACGAGCCCAACUUGGAGCCCUCUUGGCCACAUCUCCAGCUUGUGUACGAAUUUUUCCUCCGCUUCCUCGAGAGCCCGGACUUCCAGCCGUCGGUCGCCAAGCGUUACAUCGACCAGAAGUUCGUAUUGCUGCUAUUAGAACUCUUUGACAGCGAAGACCCCCGGGAGCGCGAAUACCUCAAGACCAUUCUCCACCGCGUCUAUGGCAAGUUUCUUGGCCUGCGGGCCUACAUCCGCAAGCAGUGCAACAACAUCUUUUUGCGAUUUAUCUAUGAGACGGAGCAUUUCAACGGUGUGGCCGAACUGCUAGAGAUCCUUGGAAGUAUAAUCAAUGGCUUUGCCUUGCCCUUGAAGACUGAACACAAACAGUUCCUCGUGCGCGUCCUCAUCCCGCUUCAUUCGGUGAAAUCCCUCUCCAUAUUCCAUGCCCAGCUGGCAUAUUGUGUCGUUCAGUUCCUGGAGAAAGACGCCACGCUGACCGAACACGUGAUCCGUGGUCUCCUGAAAUACUGGCCAAAGACCUGCACCCAAAAGGAGGUGAUGUUCUUAGGAGAGAUCGAGGAGAUCCUGGACGUCAUUGAGCCUUCCCAGUUCGUGAAGAUCCAGGAGCCGCUCUUCAAGCAAGUGGCUCGGUGCAUCGCCAGCCCCCAUUUCCAGGUUGCAGAGCGGGCUCUGUAUUUCUGGAACAACGAGUACAUUUUGAGUCUGGUGGAGGACAACUGCCACACAGUGCUGCCCACUAUCUUUGGCACGCUCUACCGCGUCUCCAAGGAGCACUGGAACCCGACUAUUGUUUCUCUGGUCUACAAUGUCCUCAAGACUUUUAUGGAGAUGAACGGGAAGCUCUUCGAUGAACUGACAGCCUCCUACAAGGUGGAGAAACAGCAGGAGCUGAAGAAGGAGAAGGACCGCCAGGAGCUCUGGCGGCAGCUGGAUGAGCUGCAGCUGCGGAAGCUGCAAGGACUGGAGGAAGCCAAGAUGAACCGCCUCAACUUGCAACACAGCCUGGUUGUGCAGAGCGGGGGGGCCAGCUAGGGGCCUCCUCCCUCCCCGGGAAGCCCCCCCCUUUCCCCCCCUCCACUCACCCCCACGGUGGCACAGGAGCCAUGCGCCGCGCAGGGUCAACACCCGUCUGAGAGCAACCAAGGCGGCAAUGACACCCCCCUGCCUGCUCCUCACCCCCGCCGGUGCCAAACAUGAGCUCUCACACCCUUUGCACCCCCAGCGGUGGGACACGGCUGUCUUCGCCAAGCUGUAUUUUUGGGGGAAUGCACAGGGGUCCCCCACAUUUCACCACGUGGCAGCAAAAGCAAAGGAUCUGAGCGCACGGCUGUUGUGGGCGAAGGCUGGCAUGACCGGGGUGGUUCACCCCUACCCAUUCUUAAAGUGGGGAGGAAAACAAGGGGGAGAAGCAAUUGGGUCACGAGAAACUUGGGACUGGUGUUUAGGGUUUUGUUUGGGGGAUGUGAGGGGGGAAAAGUGGAUGACCGUGGCAAUCUAAAGCAAUAGACCUCCUGAUCCAAAGCGGCUUGCGAUGUACCCAUGUAUGUACCUAUGUCUUUUUUUUGGAGGGGAUGAAUGGAAAAGCAGAGCAAUGAAGCCUAAUACUUUAGGAAGAGGGGUCAAGGGAGCAAAAUGGCGAACCCCACUGAUGUGGGGAGUUAGUCAUUGGUUGUCUUGUCACCCUCAGCCCUGGGUCUGAUGGGGAGCGUCGGUCAAAACAGGUGAAGGAAAACGUCUCCAUCUGCAUUACUUAGAAGCCCCUAUUGGCUGACAAUGGGAGAAUGGUUUUUGACCCCCAAUAUCCCUUCAUUCUCGGGUGGAAGAAAUGGAGCGAUCCCUUUCACGCACCCCCAAUACACCUAACACACGCACAAAACAAGUAACGCCCUAAUCUAGAGAAUAAAGAUGGAUUAUCGGCUAGAAUUUGGGUCAACGGCGAGAGUGAUAUGCACACGGAUGCGGUCCUGUGCACGCUUGCCCAUGGGUUGACAGAAACCCCAAAGUUUAGUGGCUGCCUUAUCCCUUCAGCAUGUGGGGUGAGGGCUGGGGGGUGUUUUUAUUAUUAUUUGUUUUGGUGACAGGGAGUGCUGCUAUUGCUGUUUCGAAAGAGAUUAUUAUUAUUAUUAUUAUUAUUGCGUCUUUCCCCGGACGGUACGAUCCGGAGACCGCAAGGUCUUGGGUUUCGUCCACUUCCGAAAUGUAAUCUGGGUUGGACCCUGGUGGACGACCACCGGGAGGAAAGAGGAAUUUACAAAUAGGAUUAGGACCCGGAGAGGAUGUUGUCUAAAAUCCCGGAGAGCUACUUUUGCAAAUCGGAGCAUAGACGGUGUCAGUGGUUCUGGCUCAGUAUAUGGUUCAGUUUUUCUCCCUGUUCUGAAAGUCCUAGGUUUUAAUUCCUGACAUCUCCAGGGCUGCAUUAUGUACAUUAGCCAGAUACAUAGACACCGUGGCCCUCUCUAACUUGGUUCAAGGCAGCUCCCAUUGCAGCUAGGCUGGGUUUGGUUUGCAAACAUCUGGCGUCCGACCAGUUGUAGGUGUGUGUUGGUGCGCGAGAGUGUGAGAAAGGUAUACACACACACUUUGGGGGGCACUUUGCUUAGGUUCUCACUUAACCCUUGGGAGGAGUGUGGCUCCAGCAUGUGCCACCCACCCGCCCCUCAUCCCCACCGACUGCCACUCAAAACUUAUAAGGGUCACAAGUAGGACAUUUGGAGAGGGUUUUUCAAAAACGAGUGUUUGCAAACUCUUGGCACUUUAGGAGGGGCUGGUUUUGUUGUUGCACAGGUAGAAACAGGGAUAUAUGUCUUAGCAGGAAGGAAAAGCAAGGAGGGAAACGCUGGCUGGGAAAAGUGGCAGGGAUGGGUUGGGGUUGGGGUUAAAUGGAUGGGGGCAAUAAUGCCAUUUUUGGUGCAGAUUGAUUUGCUGUAAUCCAGGACCGGCGGGCAACUUGUGGUCAAAGGCUUUGCUGUUGGUAGCGACAGCUUCCAUGUCAAGAGGGCAGAUUUGGUCUGGGCUUGAUCCACACUGCCGAAAUAACUCACUUCCAUGCCUCAAUGCAAUGGGAUUGUAGUUUUGUGAGACACUUAGCCUUCUCUGGUGCCACAAGAAACGACGAUUCCCUAGCAUUGCGCCACGGCAAUGGAGUCAAACUGGAUUAUUUCUGUAGAGCGGAUGUAGCCUUAUAGUCUCAACUUUAAAUGAGCUGCCUGUGCUGAGGUUUAUUGUUGUUGUGUGCCUUCCAGUCGUUUCUGGUCGCAGGGUUUUCUCGUUCAAGAUUUGCCCUUGCCAGCCUUUGAGGCCAAGAGAAUGUGACUUGGUGGGUUUGUUUCCAAGGCUGGGCAAGGGGCAUGAACAUGGUCUCCCAGCGUCUUUGUUCAGUGCUUAAAACCACCGCGCCAUGUUGGCUUUCCACGACGUGGCGCCACGUCUCCAAAACUACCUCUCCGGCAGCUCCUUUAAAGUUCAGGAUAGAACCCGGAACGGAUUGGUCUCACACACUUCUCGGACAUUGAAGCCUAGCAUCUGGAGGGACCCACCAUUGGCCUUCCCCCAUUUUGGGUCUCAUCCGCCUCUUGGUUUUAUUGGGAUGUUCUCCUUCUAAAUUCAGGGUCUGGGGGAAGACGUUUUCAGAAACGCUUGGAAGGCUGAAAAUGAAAACCCAGAGCAGGGAAAUCUGGGACUUAAAAAGCUUUUGUAUGAAACUGGGGAGAGCUGACCCAAAUCGGUUGACUAUAUCAUUUCCUCUCCGCCAAUGGUGUUUUUGGGGGGAUGUCUUUGGGGUGCAUGGCACCCCUUUUUUUUCUAGGCAUGGCGAUGACCUCGAAAUGUUCUCUGCAAGAAGAGAUUUCAAGGGUGGUGGUGUUGGGGGGGGGUCCCAAAAAAAAAGCCCACCCGGGGGGUUAUUUAGGGGGGGGUGGUACAAAUGGCGUGUAUUACAGUUUUUAUUUUUUAGCAGAACACUGAAGCCAGUCGGCCCACCGUAGCGCACCUCUUUCAGUAGCCCAGCCUUCGCCAAACCGGUGCCACCCCAGAGGUUUGGGGUUGCAACCCCCAUCGUCCCCCACACACACCUGGAUAUUUUGUUGGGGACGAUAGGACCUGAGACUCCAACACCUCUGGCCAAUGGUGCCAAAUUUGGUAUAAAGCUGCUGUAGUUUAUGUUUAGAUGCCACACUGGCGUAGUUUCCACACACGGAAAGGCCCCUUGGCAUGGGUUUGGGGGUCCAGGGGGGCGGGCGGGGAGAUGCUGCGGAAAAGAGCUAUUUUGUGGGGGGCAGGCCAGGGAAGGGACAUUGGUCUUAUUUAUUAAAAGAUAAAAAUGGUUACUACCAUGGAUCCUUCCACUGCCCUCUUUUCCUUUUGCUGGACGAGUCUGUAUUCAAACAAAUAAAUAAAGAGGAAACUUUCAUGUCA